AUGUGCUCCAGUGGAUGUUGCUCUACCGGAUGCUGCUCCAUCGUGAAGAGCAAAACGGUGUGCUGCAGCCAGCCAUGCCAGAAGACCAUCUGCUGCGAACCGUGCCAGAAGACCAUCUGCUGCAGGCCAUGCCAGAAGACCGUCUGCUGCAGCCCAUGCCAGCAGUCCUGCUGCUGCGACCCAUGCCAGAAGCCCUGCUGUGACCCAUGCUGCUGUGACCCAUGCCAGAAGCCUUGCUGUGACCCGUGCUGCUGCGACCCAUGCCAGAAGCCUUGCUGUGACCCGUGCCAGCAGUCCAUCUGCUGUGACCCAUGCCAGAAGCCCUGCUGCGACCCGUGCUGCUGUGACCCAUGCCAGAAGCCCUGCUGUGACCCAUGCCAGCAGUCUGUCUGCUGUGACCCAUGCCAGAAGCCUUGCUGUGACCCGUGCCAGCAGUCUGUCUGCUGUGACCCAUGCCAGAAGCCUUGCUGUGACCCAUGCCAGCAGUCCGUCUGCCAGAAGCCUUGCUGUGACCCGUGCCAGCAGGCCAUCUGCUGUGACCCAUGCCACCUGCUGUGA